CGGGACGGGGCGGGAGCGCGGCAGCUGCUGAGCGGCGCCGGGGAGCGGGAUGUCCCGCUGGGAACCGCGGCGCCGGGACGCGACCGGAGUCGCUAUCUACAACUACAAUGCCACACAAGACCACGAGUUGUCCCUGCAGGUGGGCGACAAGCUGCACAUCCUGGAGACACACCAAGGUUGGUACCGAGGAUAUUGUCUCCGCAACAAAUCAAAGAAGGGCAUUUUCCCAGCAUCGUACAUCCACGUGAAGGAGACGAGGGUGGAGGGUGAGGGGCUGGAGGAGACGGCUGUUCCCAGCGAGGUGCCUCUGGUCCAGGAACUGACCAUGACCCUGAGAGAGUGGGCCAUCAUCUGGCACAAGCUCUAUCUGAGCGGGAACAAAACAAUGUUCCAGCACGUGCAGCUGAUGACCUAUUCCCUGAUCGAGUGGCGAUCCCAGAUCAUCUCCGGCACGCUCCCCAAGGAUGAGCUGAUGGAACUGAAGGGGAAAGUCAUCGGCAAGAUUGACUACGGGAACAGGAUCCUUGGGCUGGACCUGGUGGUCCGUGAUGGCAAUGGCAACGUGCUGGACCCGGACCACACCAGCACCGUCACUCUGUACAAGGCCCACGAGUCUAUCUCCCGCGGCAUCGAUGAUAGGAUCCAGGAGGAGAAGUCCAGGGUCCACAACAUGGAGGCCAGGCGCCAGUCGAUAUUCAGCACCACCACCCACACCUACAGCCUCUACAUCAACCUGAAGAACUUUGUGUGCAACAUUGGUGAGGAUGCGGAGCUCCUCAUGUCCCUCUACGACCCCCGUCAGUCCGAGUUCAUCAGUGAGAACUACCUGGUGCACUGGAGCAAGACCGGGAUGCCCAGAGACAUCGAACGCCUGAACAAACUGGAGGCCCUGUUCACGGACCUGAGCAGCAGUGACCUGAUCCGGAUGCGGAUCAGCCUGGUGUGCCAGAUAGUGCGUGUGGGCCACAUGGAGCUGAAGGAGGGCAAGAAACACACGUGUGGCCUGCGCAGACCCUUCGGAGUGGCAGUGAUGGACAUCACAGACAUGAUUGGCGGCAGGAAUGAUGAUGAGGAGAAGCAGCACUUUAUUCCGUUCCAGCAGAUCGCCAUGGAGACGUACAUCCGGCAGCGGCAACUGAUCAUGUCGCCACUCCUCACGUCCAGGGUGAUCGGGGAGAACCAGCCGCUCACGUCCGUCUUCAACAAGGUGAUGGCCACCAAGGAGGUCAACCACAAGGGGCAAGGUCUCUGGGUCUCCAUGAAGUUGUUGCCGGGAGACAUCCAGCAGGUCCACAAGGAUUUCCCGCACCUGGUUGAUCGCUCCACCGCCGUUGCUCGCAAGAUGGGCUUCCCCGAGAUCGUGCUGCCAGGUGACGUGAGGAACGACAUCUAUGUCACGCUGGUGCAGGGGGAGUUCGACAAAGGCAAGAAGAAAACGCCCAAGAACGUGGAGGUGACCAUGGGCGUGUACGAUGAGGACGGCAACCGCAUCGAGAAAGCCAUCUUCCCAGGGGCUGGGUAUGAGGGCGUGUCUGAGUACAAGUCUGUCAUCUACUAUCAAGUCAAGCAGCCCUUCUGGUACGAGACAGUCAAGGUGGCGAUUGCAAUCGAGGAUGUCCACCUCUGCCACUUGCGCUUCACCUUCCGACAUCGAUCGUCGCAGGAGUCCAAAGACAAGUCAGAGAAGUUGUUUGGAAUGGCAUUUGUGAAGUUAAUGAAACCCGAUGGAACCACACUGCGGGAUGGGAAACACAACCUCAUCGUCUUCAAGGGAGACACAAAGAAGGCGGAGGAUGCCAAGUGUUACCUCGCCCAGCCUGGGACCAAAGGGGAACAAGAGGAGAGGGAGAGGCAGCAGGGGAAGGGCUCACAACACUCCUACAACCUAGCCGUCAUCAGAGACAGCUUCCAGAUCGCCACUCUUGUGUGCUCAACCAAACUCACCCAGAACGUGGAUUUGCUGGGUCUGUUGAACUGGCGUAGCAGUGCCCGUAGCAUCGAGCAGAUUGUGCAGCAUCUGAUGGAGGUGGAUGGCAGUGAGAUCGUGAAGUUCCUGCAGGACACGCUUGAUGCUCUCUUCAACAUCAUGAUGGAGACGUCCGAGAGCGAGGCGUACGACUUCCUGGUCUUCGACGCGCUGGUUUUUAUCAUUUCCCUGAUUGGGGACAUAAAGUUCCAGCACUUUAACCCGGUGCUGGAGGCCUACAUCAGCAACCACUUCAGUGCUACGCUCGCUUACGUGAAACUGGCGAAGGUGCUGAAUUACUACGUGUCAAAUGCAGAAAAUUCGGAGAAAUCAGACCUGCUAUUCGCCGCGCUGAAGGCACUGAAAUAUCUCUUCCUGUUCAUCAUCCAAUCACGGAAGUUGUACCUGAGGAUUUACGGGACGGGGCAAGAUGAUAAUGAGUUCAACGGCUCCAUCCGAAAGUUGUUCCUCUCCUUCAACUCGCUGAUGGACCGGCCCCUGGAGGAGUCUGUGAAGAUUAAGGGAGCGGCGCUGAAGUAUCUGCCCGCCAUUGUCAACCACGUGAUGUUGGUGUUCGACCCCAUGUCCCGCAGUGUCCUGGUCACCAAGUUUAUCCAGAGUGUCCCCGACAACCAGCUGGUCCGGCAGAAACUCAACUCCAUGUGCAAGAUCGUGGAGAGCCAGCUCUUCCGGCAAUCCGAGUGCCGCGACGUGCUGCUGCCGCUCAUCAUUGACCAGCUGAGUGGACAACUGGACGACAGCUCCAGCCGACCCGAGCACCAGGCCUGCGCCGAGCUCCUGAGCAGCACGCUGGAGACCCUGGACCACCCCGACAUCGGGCCACGACAAUACCACGUCCAGCUGGUGAUGGAGCGGCUGCUGAGGCGGGUGAACCGUACUGUGAUCGCCAUCAGUCGCCAGUCCUCCCUCAUUGGCCCGUUCGUAGCCUGUAUGAUCGCCAUACUGAAGCAGAUGGAGGACUUCCACUACACGCACUACAUCAACACCUUCAAGACACGACACGAUAUCAUCGACUUCCUGAUGGAAACCUUCAUCAUGUUCAAGGAUCUGAUUGGGAAGAACGUUUACCCGACGGACUGGAUGGUGAUGAACAUGGUGCAGAACAGGGUUUUCCUGCGAGCCAUCAGCCAGUUUGCCAUUGUGCUGAACAAAGUAUUCCUGGACCCGGCCAACUUUGAGCUGCAGCUCUGGAAUAACUACUUCCAUCUAGCGAUCGCCUUCCUGGUCCACGACUCUCUGCAGCUGGAGAACUUCUCCAGUGAGAAACGCAACAAGAUCAUCAACAAAUACGGUGACAUGAGGAAAGAUAUUGGUUUUAAAAUAAAGGAUAUGUGGAACAACCUUGGUGCUCACAAGAUUAAGUUCAUCCCAGGGAUGGUGGGGCCGAUUCUGGAGAUGACCUUGGUCCCAGAGACGGAGCUGAGGAGAUGCACCAUUCCCAUCUUCUUCGACAUGAUGCAGUGUGAAUACAGUGUCAACCGCAGCAUCCAUGCGUUUGAGAACGAGCUGAUCACUAAACUGGACCAGGAGGUGGAAGGAGGCCGUGGAGAUGAGCAAUACAAGGUGCUCCUGGAGAAAAUUUUGCUGGAGCAGUGCCGGCAGCACAAGUACCUGGCAGUGAGCGGUGAGGCCUUUGUGGUUCUGGUCACCAGCCUCCUGGAGAAGCUGCUGGAUUACCGCACCAUCAUGCAUGAUGAGACCAAGGAACAUCACAUGAGCUGCACCGUCAACGUGCUGGGUGGGGGGGGGGGGGCUGGCGAGAACUUCUACAAGGAGAAGAAACGAGAGGACAUUUACAUCAGGUAUCUGUACAAACUGCGUGACCUGCACCGGGACUGUGAGAACUUCACUGAGGCUGCCUAUACUCUGCUCCUUCAUGCCGAGCUGCUGCAGUGGUCUGACCGGCCGUGUGCCGCCCACCUGGUUCACCGGGACGACUGCCCAGCGCUGAGUCACCGCGAGCUGAAGGAGCGGCUCUACCAGGAGAUCAUCCACUACUUCGACCGCGGCAAGAUGUGGGAGAGCGCCAUCAGGCUGAGCAAGGAACUGGCCGCCAUGUACGAGAACGAGGUCUUCGAGUACGAGGAGCUCAGUCACCUCCUGAGACAGCAGGCUUGUUUCUACGAGAACGUGAUGCAGGCGAUGAGACCCCCCCCUGAGUAUUUUGCCGUGGGGUUCUACGGACAAAGCUUCCCCUCCUUCCUCAAGAACAAGAUGUUUGUGUACCGGGGCAAAGACUACGAGCGUUACGAGGAUUUCCGCCUCAGGCUGGCCACGCAGUUCCCCAACGCAGACAAGAUGAGCAGCACCGCGCCGCCCAGCGACUCCAUCACCAACUCCCCCCUCCAGCAUGUGCAGUGUUUCACGGUGAAGCCGGUGUUGAACUUGCCGUUGCAGUUCAAGGAUAAACCCGUUCCAGAGCAGAUCCUGAACUUCUACCGGGCCAAUGAAGUGCAGCAGUUCCAGUACUCGAGACCAUUCCACAGGGGAGAGAAAGAUCCCGAUAACGAGUUUCUGACCAUGUGGAUCGAGAGGGUCACAUACACCACCGUCUACAAAUUCCCCGGCAUUCUGCAGUGGUUCGAGGUCAGCACAGUCACCGUGGAAGAGAUCAGUCCAUUGGAGAACGCCAUCGAGACCAUGGAGAAGACCAACGAGAAGAUCAGCAACAUGGUUCAGCGUUACGCAUGGGAAGUAGCGCUCCCUGCCCACCCCCUCUCCAUGCUGCUCAGUGGCAUCGUAGAUGCUGCUGUCAUGGGGGGGUCCGCUAACUACGAGAAGGCCUUCUUCAGUACGAAGUAUAUCCAGCAACAUCCUGAAGACCAGCAGAACAUCGACACCCUGAAGGAACUCAUCGCCUUGCAGAUCCCAUUGUUAGCCGAGGGAAUCCGGAUUCACGGAGAGAAGGCGACUGUGGAACUGAGACCACUGCACGAUUGGAUCGUCUCCUGCUUCAGGGAGCUGAAGGAGAAAGUUCAGAAGCUGUACGGGGUCAUCACCUUGCCGCCGGCGCUGACCGAUAGGAAACGGAGCCGCUCGGGAUCGGUCAUCCUCCCUUACAUCAUGUCGUCCACCCUGCGGAGACUGUCCACCGUCUCACUCAUGUCCACCUCGUCCACCUCCUCCGACAGCAACCCCUCACGCCCACACUCCAAUGGCUCAGUGCUGGACCCUCUGGUGGAGCGGAGACCGCUGGCACUGUGCCGGCCAGAGGAGCAGCUGGACCGGGAGGAGCUUGACCGGCGAGGGAGCACGGCUAAACUCAAGGACAAGAACCUGAGCAAGUCCCAGGUCAUCUUCGAGAGCGAGGCCAGGAGUGAGCUGUCCCUCAGCAAGGUCGACUUCACAGAGAUGGAGCCGCCCCUGAGGCCACAGCGACCCAAGAGUCUACAGUUUGGUGACAAGCGCCUGUCUGCGUUGCAGAUAUCCAGCCCACUGUGUCCGACACUGACCAGCAGCAGGAGCCCGAGCCAGUCGCUGCUCCAGACGGACUCCAUGAUGUCCACCAGCCCUGGAGACACCUCCACACCUCCACCAACCCCCCCCAAGAGCAAACCGUGUGAGAACGGCAGCCAGAGGCACUCACUGCAGCUGGUUCCACCGCUGCCGGAGAAGACCUCGCCUCGCCCCCCCCACCCACCGCCAAAGGCCCGGCACUCUCACCCCCCCUCGCCCCAACGCCACUGCCCGGCAGAGGAGUAGCCGGUCCCAACACCGGGUCACCACGGGGUCACCACCUCCACCCUGCCACAGGUCGGGGGUCAGGGGUCAAGGAGAUGGAUGGAGGUCAGCGUCCUGGAGAUGACCACAGCGGGUCCAAGUGGCCAGAAGGUCACGGUCAGGUCCACUGGUGCCUGGACAAUGGGGUCGGCUGCAGGAUCUGCCCCGGACAGAGUUCGUGCGGCACGUCACGUCUCGCCUCUGGACAAUCGGGCACGGAACAAACCAGUGGGAUGGGAACGACCGCUGACCAGUGGGGAGAGGCUGCCACAGAGGCCACAGGCCGUAUGGACUGCCCGGGCAAAUCUCUGGCACAGACGAGCUGGAGAUGGACAUGGCCGGAGUGGGGACUUCCCUAACGUCACACACGGGCUAAAGCCCAACGUUACAACACAGCGCACACGCACACGGCUCACCGUCACACACUGAACACGCACACGGCUCACUGCAUGCACACAUGAACACGCAGUGCCGGAGAAAUCCCCACAACACUGGAUCACUGGGGCCUGGCAACGUCCAACACUCACUGUCUGUGUGUGUGUGUCUGUGUGUCUAUGUACGUGUGUGCGCGCAUGCAUGUGUGCGUACAUGUGUCUGCACGUGUGUGCGUGUGCGCUCUUCUACAAAGGAGAUUAUGGAUAAUAAUGCACUAUUCAUAUUAAGUGCAAAAAGAGGGAAAUUUGCAUUAAUUUAAGACUUAACAUUUGAAUACAAGAAUAUUGUGGAAGGAG